AUGGGUGUCAGAAAGGAAAGAGCAUGGUCGCUGGAACGGUCAUCCUAUCUUACAGGCACGCCGUCGGAUUCCUACGAUAUUGAUCGGAUUUAUUAUGACACCAGCAGCUAUUAUUCUGCGUCGUCCGUGUCCGUGUCCAUUUCAGGCCUUCUUGGCCGCAAGAAGAGCUCCUCCCGCCCCUUCAAGGACCACUACGCCGACUGGCGCUCCGUCCACGCCCACUUCGAGGCCCACUUCGACGCCCUCGACCUCGCCGCGUCGUCCGUGUCCGUGUCCAUUUCAGGCCUUCUUGGCCGCAAGAAGAGCUCCUCCCUCCCCUACGACCUCCUCGACUCCUCCGUGCGCUCCGUCCACGCCCACUUCGAGGCCCACUUCGACGCCCUCGACCUCGCCGCGCGCCACGACCCGUGCCAGCUCCUCCACCCCGGCCCCUCCCUCCGCUCCCCGCUCGAGUCCCCCUUCCUCUUCCUCGGCGGCAUCCACCCGGGGCUCCUCACCGCGCUCCUCCGCUCCUUCCUCCUCCACCCCCGCCGCGGCCCGCCGCGGCCCUUCCCCUUCGACCUCGCGUGGGCCGACCCCCCGCGGGGCCGCCUCCUCGCGCGGCUCGACCAGAUCGAGCGCGGUCUCCGCCUCCUCGUCCCGACGCUCCUCUCCCGCGUCCGCGAGGCCCAAGCCGCGUUCGUCGAGUCCGCGGCCGCCGAGUGGGCGGCGGGCGCGGACGCGGAGGGGGAGGGGGACGGGGCCGUGGCGGCGCUGGUGGAGGAGCUCGGCGCGGCGAUCGCGGACGCGAACCGGCUACGGCGGAGCGUGCUGGGGGAGAUGGUCGCGGCCAUGGACGUGUGCCAGGGCGCGCUCUUCCUCGAGGCGCUUUCCCAGUUCGUGGUGGGACUCAGAGACCCCGACGUGCUUAGGGACUUCGAACAAACCAAGAUCAUGCCCCCCUCGCCCCCUCCCUCAUAAUACAGGUUCUUCUUUUAAUCCUUCCUCCCCCUUUUACGUUUUCCAUUCCCUCCUCUCCUUUGAUCAUUUCAUUUCGUUCCUUCAUUGAUCUCACUAAGUCAUAAACAAGAUUGCUCCUUUUAAUAUACUCAAGGGAAGUAACUAUUCUUUACUUCUUUUUUUUUUUUUACUCUGUGGUGAAAAAAAUUCACAAAUUUCAUGAUAUAGGGGUACGUGUAGCUAAGUACCUAACAGGGUUAAUAUUGUUGAGUAAUAUUUCUUUCGUAGAAGCUGAUUUAUGAUUA